AUAAAAAGAAAAAAAAAAAAACAAAUAAAUUUUUUAGUAAAUUAGAGAGAGGAAAAGAAAAUAUAAGAAAAUAUAAUUUCACAUAAAAAAUUAAAAUAAUACCAAAUAUUUACAAUAAGCAAAAAAAUGAACAGAUUGUAAGAUUUUGAUCUUAGAAGAUUCGAUCCUAAUCAAAGCAAAGAAUAGAUCUUAUAAUUUUAUCAAGAAAUUUCUUAAAAUUGCUAUAAAAAUUUAAGGGUCCUACGAUAAAAACCUAAUUUUGAUUACAAAGAAGACUUGGUAUUUUUAUAUUAUGGAAAUGAAACUCAAUUAGAUCUAUAAAAAAUAAAGAAAGAGUUGCUUUAUGAUUUUAGCACUAUGUGUUAGAGUAGUUGUUAAAUUAGAUCUUUAGAUGAUUUAAGAUAUGUCUAAUGCAGAUAAAAAUAGAGAAACAAUCUAUUGGCUAGAGUUGUUAAAAAUAAUUAUGAAAAGAGAUUUGUAAUUGUUCAUUUUUAUUAUGAAAAAAAAGAAAAAAAAUAAUUAAACUAUCUACAAAACGCUUAGAAAGAGGAUAAGCUUGUUGAUAAUUAAGUCGAUUUUGAACUUUUGGAAAAAGGAUAAUCAAAAGAAGAAAUUAAUCUAUUGUAUAAAACCACAUUUGACAAUAACUAAAAAACUACAAUUUAAUUACCAGAUGAAUUGCCUGAUGAUGCUUAAUAGUAAUUUAAGACAAUAUUAGAAUAUAAAACAAAUGCUUAAAGAUUAUAUUUAUAAUGUGAAAAUGUUAAAUAAAAUAAAAAUCAAGACAUAAAUUAAGAAGAAUAAAUAAGAAGAAGUGAAAGGAUUAAAACUUAAAAAACUAAUUCAAAUUCUAAUUAUGAAUUUGAUGAGGAUAAUGCUUACAAUAAAAAUAAACAUCUAAACCUUGAUUAAAAUACUGCUACAUUUGAGUAAAAUUUUGAAUAUGAAAUGAGCUCUGAUAUACUAACCAGUUCUUUUGAAGAAAAUUCCUACUAUGAUGAAGAUUUUAAUAUUUCUAAUUAAAGGCCAAAAAAAUGCAAUGAGUAAAAAAAAUAAAAUAAUAAAUCAAGUAGUGAUGAACACCAAAAAAAUGAUAAAGUAUAAAAAACUAAUUAAGAAUUAAAUUAGUUUGGGAAUAAAUAAUUUAUAGAUUAACAAUAAUAAUUGAAUAAUGAAGUUAGUUUUGAAAAGCAAAACUAUCCUUAACCACCUCUAUUAACAUAUUAAGGAUAGUCAGGAGGAGUUAAAUAAGCCAAAGAUAACAAAAAGAUAAUAAUCAAUUAAAAACGAAAUAUGUCAGUUAUGAAUAAUAGUUCAAGUUAAAGUGAGCCCUAACUAUAAAAAGAUAUGAGCAACUAUAAAUUAUUAGAAGAAAAUACGGCAAAGAAAAUGAAAACAGAAGAAAAUUUUAAUUAUUACAUAGAUCGAAAUAAAAGUUUGAUUGAAAUGAAUGUUAAUCAGUUUGAUUAAAAAUUAAACUUAAGUAUUCUAGGUCAAUAAAAUAAUCAAAAGGCUUAAGAAACUCAUCCUGAUAGUUUACACUAUGAUUAUAUAUUCAACUAAUUCUAAAAAUUCUAUCAAGAAGAAAUUCGUCUACUAAAUUAAAAACAUUAAUAAGCAGAUAAUUAAACAAUUUAAUACAAGUAGAAAAUCCUAAACUUAAUAAAAAAUAAACUAAAUGAUAUUUAACACUAUUUUAAAUAGUUAAAUAAUUGA